GUUAGUUUAUUGUUUAUAUUUAUUGUUAUUACUUUAUGUUGAGUUCUUUGCGUUGCUUUUAUAAUAUAUUUCUUGUAUAAAUACCAGCAAAGAUGAAGUUGGACCUCACCAUGAACGACCGUUUCAAUCAGCGGUUUCAGUCGGUUUAUGGCGGACUGGUUCCCCAGAUCGCUCGACUGGUGCCCUUCAACGACUCUGAGGUGACCUGCAUCCUGCUGAUUUACUACAAGUAUAGUCUCCAGAAUGGGCCCUCUGCUCGCAGAAUAACAUCCAGCCAGUUUGUGAACAUCGUGAUCGGGUUCCAGCAACUAUACGACAUGGACGUGGUGGAUCGCAUCGUAACCCUAAUCGCAGGUGGCAGGAAACACGUGACGCCCAUGGAAUUCGUCAACUACAUGACCAUCCUAAUGUCCCGCGACAUGGAACGCAAAAUGGAGUUUGCAUAUAUGGUUUACGACAAAAAUGGCAUGGGCAUUAAUAGAGAGAUCAUUUCAUCUUCGGUCGAGAGGUUUUUCGCCGGGGACGACGACGAGAUACUCGAGAUGCGACUGGACAUGGUCGAUUUUCUACUCCUCAAAUUUGAUGAAGACCAAGACGGCUACAUCUCAUUUGAGGAGUAUAGAUCGAUCGUGUUGCAGCAGCCGCGUCUGCUGGAGUUUCUGGGUCCCAUCUUUCCCUCGGACGAGACGCGUAUGGUGGUGGCGUACUGCACUGCCAUAUACUCUCACAUACCCGAAAUGGCCACGUUGUAGGCACAAAUAAAUCGAAAGCAAUGCAAAUCAGUGCGCCCCGCCACCGCGUUUUUCUCUGUUCAGCCAUUGUAGCCACUCGAAAAUGUCAAUGACAAUGAUGAUGAACUGCAGAAUAGAGCGCUGACAGCUGCAACGAGACGCUGGAUAGAUGGAGAGAUGGAUGGAGCAUAUAUGGGGGACACCAGCUGUCUCUCGACCACACGGGGGAAAAAUAUGAAAGAUUUCGAUGGAAAACUUAAGUUAAAUAUCAAUAAAAUAUGGUAACAAUA